AGUAAGACUGCGGUUGAAGUAAUUUGGAUUAAGCAAUCUUCUCAAUUAACCUCGUGUCAUUUCAGGAGUCUUUUGCGCGACGAUAACGAGUUAUGGUAAAAUUUCCAAAGCGAUUCUUGGUUAUGUAAAAUUCUUCCAAGCCUGUUCGAGACACAGAAACGACCCCACUCAUCCAACGUGUAUCAACGCCGAAAACUGCUAAAACAAGAGCAUUUUCAUGUUUUGUUUACAAGCCGGGAGUUUCUUGUAAAGAAGCACUUAGUCUUGUCAUCAAGACGCGCUCUAUUUUUCAGGCACCAAAGAAGACUUAGCAAGAAAAAGAUCGAACUUAACAUGAAGCUUUGAAUAUAUUUAUGCUUUGCGUUCCUAGUCGCUGAGGAGAGUAUUCUCAUUGCGUGGAAUGGUAAUUUUGCUUUAAACAUAUCACUCGUCACUAAUCUGUGCCAACUUCUCUAACAGCUUACGUUGCUCUGGACAUUAUUAAUUUGAUGCUUGAAAUAGCUAUUAUUUGAAGAACAUGGACUUGAGGUCGCCAUAUCUUAAACGACGAACAGCGGGUGCAACAUUGCUUUCAUAAUUUGGCAAAUAUCCCUUGAGUUCAUAGAGGAUUGAUAAGAAGGCUGCAGUGCGCUAAAAAUUCAAAAGCUGGGGAAAAGAUUUUGCAAAAGUGCUCAAUGUGUGGAGCGCUUGGAGGACGUAAUCAAAAUAGAGUUGUUCCUGUUUCUGAUCUACCUUCGGAAAGAGUCGAAAUACGAAAAGGCAGAUGGUUGAGAGUAGUGCAUUACAAACCUCGAAUAUCGAGAUCCGAUAGCGGUUACAGCCGUGAUGAUCUUCAGUCUAAUCGCUCGGCUCAUUCGGCGGGUUCAGCCACUUCUGGAGUUGGUGAUCCUGAUUACAAGAAGAUAGUUGUAAUAUUUUUCAUACAUGGAGUUGGUGGUAGCGCUGAUCUUUGGUACGAACAAGUACAAUACUUUUGCAAGGCAGGUUACGAAGUUAUAGCGCCUGACCUGUUAGGACACGGGCAAAGCUCCGCACCGAACAAUACCGCAGAUUACGAAUUUUCUGAACUUUCGUAUGAUUUACUUCGUUUAUUUGAUCGAUACCAUAAGAAGAGGAACGUUUUAGUAGGACAUUCGUAUGGGGCAUCAUUUUGUGCAGUGAUUGCAUGUGAGCGUGCUCGACUGGUGUCCAAGAUGGUCCUCAUAUCUGGUGGAGGUCCUACACCACUUGUGGGUGUGGGUACCUGUGACGUGUUCUGCUUACCAACACUUCUACUGUCUUGUAUCAAACCUGUAUUUUUGUCUGUCUAUGAGAGGAGGGCAUACAACAGCAUGAGAGCAAGAUCACUCAGGAAGAAAGUGAAAGCCUUUAGUGCUCCACCUUUUGUAAUGAAAGCUGUUAUGGCAGGACAGGUGUGGGAAGAUGGUGAUGAGACAUAUCACCAGGAACUGAUGGUGCCGGCAUUGUUGAUUUAUGGUGCACAGGACAAAUUUGUAACUCUUGAGGAGGAGCAAUGGAUGCAAGAGGUAAUAUACAGUUCAUCUUUAGAGGUUAUUCAAGAUGCAGGCCACAUGGUUAUGGUAGAGUCUCCUGUGAGAGUGAACUGGUUGAUAUAUAACUUUCUUCAGCGUGAUGCCACCACUAGAUCACUACAUGCUGGAAGUCAGUCUUGUAAUCUUUCCUCAAAGGGAUCUCUUCAUGUUGCAUCAAAGGAUGAACCAGCUCCUUCUCGCACUCUCGAGGCUGGACUUCAGACAGUCUCUGAAAGUGUCAAUGAAGAAACCAGACAACACUCAAGUGGAAUGGCACUUGAACCUUCGGGUAAAAAUUCUUUUAACAUCCAAAGCUCACAGGCUUCUCUCAAUGUUCCAGGAAAUGUAGCAUCUGCAAGAAUUUCUACAGCAGAUGAUGUAGAGGAAAUCAUACCAUUGCAGACAGGAGACUCUGAAAUUUGUCUAGAAAUUCCACAGAUGGUUGUCACUGCCAAUAAUGCUUCUCAGGAAGAAACUCAAGAUGACACAAUGCAAGCCCUAACAAAUGAUUUUCAGUAUUCAGAUGGCUCCCUUAGGAAAGAUAAGAAAUCAGAUGAAACUAACGUUAAUGUGUUAGUGAACAGUUCACUGUCCCCAAGUUUAGGAGCGGUUCAAAUAAUGAGACCUUUGGCUGGUGUAGCCUGGACAAAAAACAGCACUGGUUCCAUUGCAACAAGGAGAUCUUCGCUUAAUUCAUUUCUCAGGCUUUCCAGUAAGAUGGAGCCAAGUGGCUCUAAAAGUGCACCAUCAUCUCCAGUGAGUGAAAGAUCCACAGAAUUUAAAAAUAAGUCUGUCCAAUAAUUUGUGAAUGACUCAAUUCCUCUUAUCUAUUUAAUGUUAAGGGUAACGGGGUGUACAUAUCAAUUUUGGUCAUCAUGUAUACUUAAGAUUCUUGUAAAAAAUCAUUCAUAUGGAAAAAUAUUUGCACAGUAUUUAUCUUUAAUUUAAUUGCAAAUCUGGUUAUCAUUAUCUAUGGUAUCUUCAGGAGACUGAUGUUCUACAAUUCAAAAAAUGCUAUAUUUAAAUAUAUGCUGUGCCAAAGGCUCUAGGUAUUUCACUUCACCACACAGUAGUGCAGAUUUAGAUGCAAAACGUUCUGCCUUUGUUACAUUUUUAGGUACCCAAUAGAUAGGCAAAAAUGUAUUUUCACAGAAGUAAACUUGUUAAAAAAUGGAAAACUAUCCUGGAUUCCAUCAAAAAUAUGGUGUGAGCUGAAAAAGAAUGUCACUGAGGACCCUCAAACAGGCCAUGAUACAAUGUACACAAUUAGGGUUAGAUACAAUAAUGAUAAUAUUUUAAAAUAACCUUGUAAUGUUUGCCAUUUUUCAUUAUCUUGAAAGGGGCAUUCAUUUGUCUCAUUUUAUGUAUUUGGAUAGAAGGGUUCCCAUUUAAGGAAACAUGGAAAAAAAAUCCAAAUUUAAACUGCUCAUUUUCUAAGAACAUAACAGGCAGUUUGUGGUAUUUAGAAUCGCAUUACCUCAGUUACAAAGGAAAUACAUUAAAAUGAAUCCCUAGCUGGCACCAGAUUGGUGUUUCUUUUUGAACAAAGAAUUUUGUAUGUGUCAUUUGUUCAGUCUGUUAUGAUUUUGGGAUGUGUGUAGCUUGGAGAUUUUUGACUGAGAAUUAUCAAUAACAAUUCUUGACAACAGAGAUUGCUGAAAAACCAUGCAAUUCUGCAAUCUCUGUUGUUAAUGAACAUCAGAUGGACCAGUAUGAAUAAAUCUGUGAGUAUUUGA